GCGGAGCGAGGGCGGCCUCCCGCCUUUCCCGUGUCCCUCGCUGGCCGCGAUCGCGCGCGCGCGUUCACACCCCCGCAUUCACAUCAUGCCGCCGGCCUGCCACUGAACGUCCCCCUUUCCUGCCCCCCUCCCCCUCGCCCUUGUUCGUAUGCCCUGCGGCUCGGUGCCGGGAAUAUGCCCACAGGACCUCGCCCGCGACCUGGAGGAGGCCUCCAACGAGAUGCUCCUCGCCGACGAGGACAAGCCCAUCUACUAUGCCUUUGGCUCCGGCUUCGCGGCCCUCCCCCUGGAGACUGCCACCCAGCUGAUCGAGGUCUCGGCCGAGCUGGCCACCAAGCGCGUGGACGAGCUGGCCGACAAGAACACCGAGCUGACCAGCACCCUGUCCACCCUGCGCUCGGAGAUCUACGCUCGCCUGGGCCAGUCGGUCAACCUCGACGAGGAUGAGGACGACAACGACGAGUAAAUGGGGUCCGGCAGGCCGGCCACGCAACGGGGGUGGCGGCGGUGGCGGCGGUGGCGGCGGUGGCGGCGGUG